AUGAACAAGGCUAAGCAGGAGGGGAUUCUUAUUCUGGAGGAUAUUCUGGGCACAGUUGAAGAGAUACUUCUUCUGUCAAAAAUCACGAUUGCCGAGAAGGAAAAAGAUAUCCACAGAGAGAUAAAAGAGGCAUUUCAACUAAAAAUGAAAAUAGAGCAGCUGGUAUCUUCUGUAUCAUCACUGCACGCGGUAAUAUUAGACCUAGAAACCCACCGCGAGGCAAACCAGCUCUGGAAGGAAUCCAACACAAAGUCAUCUCUUAUUCUGCAAAAGCAAAAGAAUAGAGAGCACUUAAUGGAAUAUCUAAAAAAGCUUUGA